AUGGCAUCUCACGUCGUUGUAGUAGACUCCACGGCUCGGAGGACUACCAUCAAGACCACGCCGGGCAAAUAUCUCAGCGAUGUCUUGAACGAGGCGUGCGCGAAGCUCGGCGUCAAAGCUGAUCAGCACACUUUGAAGCACAACAACAAGCAAGUAGACCUCUCCCGCACCUACCGGCUCUCCGGUCUCCCCUCAGGCGCGAAGCUCGACCUCGUCCAAUCCUCUCGCUCUCCCUCCGUCGUCUCCGUGGCUUUACAACCUCCCGACGGCGGCAGCCGACUCACCCAGAAAUUCCCUAGCAACACCUCGCUCUGGCAGAUACUCCGAGUCUUCGAAAGCAGCCCUGGCAGCGAUGGCGCGCCGCAGAACCUCAACUUCACACAACGAGGCACGCCGCAAAUGAGUGGCGCUGGCUCAUCAGGCGGCGGCAGGCUUAACUAUGAGAUGCCGGUGUUGAACGUGAUGGGCAGGGAUCUUGGGACCUUUGUGGAUCUGCAGAAGACGCUGGCACAGCUUGGUAUCAACAAUGGGAGUGCGCUGCUUCGGCUGAGCUUCAAGAACAGCGGUCAGCCGCUCGAGGAGGCCAUGGAGGAGAUAAGCAAAUACUUUAGCCAUGCCCAGGAGCCUCUGCCAGCAACGACCGAGGCGCACGGCGCCCAUGCUGGAAGCGCAGGAGAAGCGCAAUCCAUGCCCGAACCAGAAAAGGCCACAAUCACCGAAGACAUCGCAGGUCUGCUCAAUCCAGACGAGCCGAAACCUAUGGAAGACGUGAUCCCUACCGCCGACGCCACAUCUAGCACCACCCCCGAGAAGCGCAAGCACGACGAAGUCCUCACACCAGCGGCCGAGCCUACAGAAGCCGAAGCCCUCCCCGACAACGCAAUAGUGGGCCCAGACCAGCGCCUCAUCACCAUCUUCGCGCCCCCUUCCGACACCACGCCUCGCGCCGCCCGCGAAGCCUUCAACGCCGCCGAUUACGAGCCAACCGUCGACCACGCAAAGGUGCACCAAGCCCGUCUCCUCAGCGAAAGUCGCAACCGGCGGCUCCCCUCCGACGCGGAGCUCGCGGCGCAGGAGAAAGAGCGGAGCGAGAAGCUCGCCAAGAUCAGCGAGGUAGUGCUGCGCAUCCGACUGCCCGACCAGAGCAUCGUGCAGAUGACGGUCGGACGGCUGGACACGGCUGAGGUGCUUUAUGGACGCGUAAGAGAGCUGCUCGCGCAUGGGGGUCAGCCGUUUAUGCUGAGAUACUCCGGGUCGAAGGGCGGACAAGUGCCGUUGAAGGAGGGGAAGGAGCGGCUGGUGUCGGAUCUGGGGUUUCAGGGCCGCGUCAUGAUGUACCUUGUGUGGAGCGAGGGCGCAAGCUUGGAAGCGCAGAGGGAAUCGUCGUUGAAGAAGGAAUGGAGAGAGCAGGCGCAGGAGAUGAAUAUGCAGCAGCCGGUUGAAGCUCCCGGUGAGGAGCCGCCAAAGCCGGCUGCAGGUCCGGUUGACAAGGGGAAGAAGAAGGCGGAUGAUCCAGAUAAGGAGUCGAAGCUUAAGAAGCUGUUCAUGGGCAAGCUCUCGAAGAAGUGA